UUAUAUUAUUUGCAUUUUGAUUGUUUGAUUUUUUUUUUUUCAAAACAUGAUAGGUAAAUAUGAGAUGCCAAAGGUGUACACAUUGUUUACAUGGCAGGCUGAUGGGGCAACAGUGUGUGUUUGUGUGAGGUAUCCGGCGCUAAGAUGGGCAAGAGCAAGAAAGACUACCGGGAGGAGGUGGAGUACCACACAGGGUAUGACAGUGCCCCGUCCAGUGAAGACGACGAUGCCUCCUCCAGCUCCAGCAACUCCCCAUCGUCCAGCAGCAGCAGCAGCAAUGCCAGCAACAGUGAGGAGGAGCGGCGGCAGCGGCGGCACGCCAAGAGGAAAACUUCAAAAGUGAAGCGAGAGAAGAGGAGCAAGAGAGCAAACUCCAGUGAGGAUGAGGAGGAGGAGGAAGAGCAACAAAGGCGGAAGAGGGCCAGGCACACAGUGGAGGAGCACCCUGAUGAGUGGAGACACCGUGGAAGCUCAGGAAGCCGGAGGAAGAAGCACCACCACCACCAUCACCACCGCAAGCACAAACACAAACACCGACGUCACCGCCGCCACCACAGCGAGGAGCGGGGCGGGCGGGGUGGUGACGGGAGGAGCCUGGAACGCCCUGUGGAUGGAAGGAAAGGAAGAGAAGUGGAGGAGAGAAGAGCCAGGGAGAGAUUAGAGCCAGAGAGGGAGCGACGGUCGACCAGAGAGGAGAAGAAGGAGAGAAAAGAGGAAAAAAGGAGCAGAGAAAAGGGAAGGAAUGAGGCUAGUCGGCCGGUGAAGAGCAAAUGGGAUGACGAGGAGGACUCCGUUUCCUCGGACAUCUCCCGACGCAUCAAGGUGGAGCCUGGCCUGGAGAGGGAGGGGAGUGAGGGAUGGGACGGGGAAUACGAGGAGAGCAACGGUAGGGGGAGGAGACAGAAGCACCAGCAGCAGCGGCGGCGGCCACACCCGGAGGAGGGAGUGCGCCCUGUCCAGAGAGUGAAGGAGGAGCCGGAGAGCAGGUCAUCAUGGGACAACUCUAACAGUACUGCCAACUCAGAGAAUGGAAGGACCAGUUGGGGGGCGGGUGGCAAUGGUGGUGGAGAUGAUGGUAAUGGAAAUGCUGAAGGCGAGGAGCAGGAGAGAGAGAAGCCCAACCUUGCAGUGACAGGGAAGCUUGCAGAGGACACUAACAUGUACAAUGGAGUAGUGAUCAAGUACUCGCAGCCCUCUGAGGCCAGGAAGCCCAAGCGACGGUGGCGAUGGUACAUCUUCAAGGGGGACGAGGAGCUGCCCUUCCUUCCACUGCACCGCCAGAGUGCCUACCUCAUUGGGAGGGACCGCAAGGUGGCUGACAUCCCCACUGACCACCCGUCCUGCUCCAAGCAACACGCCGUCCUCCAGUACAGACUUGUUUCCUACAACAGGGAAGAUGGGACGAAAGGUCGCACAGUCAAGCCAUACAUCCUGGACUUGGGCUCAGCAAAUGGGACCUUUGUCAACAACCGCAGAAUUGACUCCAAGAAGUUCGUGGAGCUGUUGGAGAAGGAUGUGGUGAAGUUUGGCUACAGUUCCCGUGAGUACAUCCUGCUUCAUGAGGGAUCCAAGGGCGAUGAUGAGGACAUGCCGGACACUGGAGCCGACCUCAGCCCCGUAUCUCUGCUGAGGAGCUAACAUCGAGGGGCUGAGGGGCACUGCAGGUGACUGAGGUGGUGGUGGGAUGUGGUAGUGGUGAUGUGGGUUGUAAUGGUGGUGCUUCCUGGUGUGUCUGUAUUUCAUUUUCUCUCUCUCUCUCUCUCUCUCUCUCUCUCUCUCUCUCUCUCUCUCUCUCUCUCUCUCUCUCUCUCUCUCUCUCUCUCUUGUAAAAGUAUGAGAACUAGGUAUCCCUUUUUAACUUCAAUUUUUUUUAUUUUUCCUCCAAAUCCUGGCUUAUUCUUGUUGGUCAGUGUGUUUGAAGGCCAGACCUCCUCAGAUGUCAC